AUGACCUUGUGAUUAUAUCAUUUGGCUUGCCUCUUGAAAAGUAAAAGAAAAAAUGUAUAGCAUAGUUAACGGCUUACAAGGUGGCUUGCAUAUGCCUCAACCAAGGUUCCGGUAUCGAAGGCAGAAGGACAAAGAGAAGCCCCCCUCGAGGCCAUGUUGUCAAGUUUUUGCGGAGAAACUGCGAACUUUCUUUUUGCGCCUAAGAGCUGCAAUACUUAUUCUGCUGUCAACGCUUGGUGUUCCCGCCUUUUACCUCACCUUCCAUUUCCUAUUGAGCCCCGGUCUUGCCACCCUGGGAGCUCACCUUCAGCCAGCAACCUGCAUCGUCGUUUCUAGCAGCGUCAAGAGGGGCCAGAUGAAUUGUACUUGGAGUUCUUGCCGCCAGGGCUGUACAAAACUAGAGAUCUAUACGUGCUGGCAGGUUCUCGUUCUUCCUCACCAGGGGGAGCUCAAUCACACCGACGACCUCAUGAUCAAUGACACUUCCACCAGUUACUGGAAUUUCGAUUCGGUGACCCCUGAGACAGGUGCUGCCAUUUCGGCCUCCGAAUUCGGUUUUAGACUAGAUAGAAACAGGACAGCAUUGGCGCUGGAAACAGACCCGAAAGACAGUAGUUUCGUAAGUCAAAAGAUAAUUCCGAUAAACAAGACACAUCACGAUAGUUACAAGGAAAAUCCCAAGCCGAAUGCAGGGGAGGUCGUCUUCACCUCGUUUCUCCCGUCAUCGUUCAACGAGACCGACUUGGCUAAGCUCAAGAUAAAUGUUGCUGGAUGUGACUACACCCCGUGUGAUGAUUGGUGGCAAAAAUACAGCAGAAUAGGAACAGCGUUUUCAUGCUACGUCGGUGACGAUGGUCAGCUGGCGGUUCCAGAAUUUGAUGUUGAACGAACGGCAAUGCAGGUAUCUGUUGGGGUUCUUCCUUUGAUACUAGCUAUCUUAUCAUCCUGUUUGAUAUACCGGCUGUAUUGUCGCAAGGGGCACAGCGACAACACACUGAGCCUGUCGCAGCGACGGUCGGCGAAAAAGGCUAAAAUGGACGAAAUACGCGCGAAACUGAUCAUGGAAAGGAACCGGAAAGACAAGGAACCCGGAAAGCCAAAGAUUGAAAAUAUCUGGACCUUUGCCCUCAAAUCCAAACAAAUGGCUAAAGUCAGACCAGCAGAUGGCACCGACCAGACCUUAGAAAUAGCCUCUGUUUGGGGUGAUGCUGAGAACAAUAAUUAUCCAAACUGUAGUAGCAAGGUUAAUGCCUUGGACCAGUGGCGAAAAAUGGCGGGAAUGGCUUUGCAGCACCCGGCUGCCUCUUCCGCGAGGUUGUUCAACGAAGUCGAAAUUAAUUUCAUUGACAGAAGAGGAUUCAACCAGGGGGCAUCCCACCACCAGUCUGAGGCGAGUCUCAGGCUGAGUUGGAGCGACGAGUAUCUCGUCCAGGUGAUCGAGGAUGAAGAAGAAUGCUGAACGAUUACUUUUUAUUAAUGCUGCUUCAAAACAUUCAGUAUUCAAAGUUCGACGAUCUCGAAUAUCUUUGUAUUUACAACAUUACGAACUUAGUAUUGAUAUUUUCACUUGUUAUAAAACAGUCACUUUCCCACUGAAAGACAGGGAGUGUAAUAUUGGUGAAUCUACUCCAUUAAAAACAGUAACUAUUGUAUAAAUACCUUUUUAUCAAAGUUUCAGGUAUAUUUCGUUUAUUUAUUUACAAAAGCAAUGGUUAUGCACAAAAUAAAAAUACAAGAAAAUGAAGAUAUUAAACAAGAAAGCAGGGGUAUUUUAUCAAUAGCACCAUUACUUUUUCUCCAGAACUGUUGCAACGAAAGCUGCUCUCCUAAAUGCUUUCCGUGGAGAGAAAAUACUUGUAAGUUUUAAAGUUAAUACCAGUCGUGGCUGUCAGAUAUUAAAACAACGCUUGUAAAAUUUUAAUUUAAAAAGUAUAAGUUUUUCAGUUUUUGAUUGCUGUAUUGCAUUG